CAAUACAAUUGCAAUUGUAUCAAAAAUCAGUGGAAGAAAUUGCUAGUAUAGAAUCAGGGAUUUUGAAGGCUAAAACAUUGAUGAAAAUAAAGAAAAAUAAUCAAGAAAAUCCUAAUGAUACAGAUUAG